UUUUAUUUAUUCAUUAAAAAUAAUUUCAGUAGUUCCACAAAAAUUUAAAAUGUAUGAAAUUGAUUUGCGAAGUAGUUCUCCAGUAAAAUAUGACUUUUAUAUAAAAAACUAUUUUCCAUCAAAUGAUAAUAUUCCAAUUAUAACUGAAGUCAAAUCACCACAAUCUAAUAUUCAAGGAUUUAUUUGUAUUCAUUCUAAUCGGAUAACUAAUACCUACAUUAAAAACUUGUAUUGUUUUUCAAAGGAUUUUACAGACACAAAUCAGAUAUUUUGCCAAUUUUAUUUUUCCAAGGAGUUAAGACAAAAAAGUAUUCUUAACAUACAAAUUGCCUCAAUAUUGUUAAAUAAUGCGCUAAAAUCUCAGAAUAGUAUCGUAGUCAAAAAAAAAUCUCAAAAUAUUAAUGGGAUAGGUUUGACAAUAAUAAAUACUUUUACAGACUUUGUAUUGUCAAAUAAGCGUAAUACAAUUACAUUAUCUUGUCAACUUUUUGAUGAUUUAGUAAACAACCCUGCAUCGAGAAUUAUGCAUUCUUUAGAAAACAAAGAUUACAUUUUAGCAUUUUUUGAUAGAGACUAUGGUAAGAUUAUUGGUUUUUUUAGAGAAUUUAUUUCGUUAUUACAAAAAGAUAAUGAGAUAUUACAAAAUGAGUUACCUGAGUUUUCUAAAAAUUUUAUGGAAAAUAAUUUAAAUACUUUUUGGAUCUAUGAACUUAUGGGCUCUGGUUUGGCUUUUGAUGAUUUCAAAAAUUAUAAUUUAUCGAAUUGCUUUUUUACCGAUAUAACCAACUUACUUUCUUUAAUUGA